ACUACACAAAGAACUCCACAACAAGUUCAGAACACCGUGAACCACUGAAAUCAGCUUGCCGCUCGAGCAGCCCGGCUGAAUGAAAACACUGGUUAUGUUCACGUGGUUGAAUGGUCACAGUGAAACGGUCCAAGAUGAACCACUCCUCUGCCCCCAGCUCCGCUUUCUUGACGUCUGCGAAUCGCAGAGCGCUAGUGGGCGUGAGCUUUACUAUGCGUCGGUGCUCUUGGGGCGCAUGCGAAAUGAGGCCCGAAUGGGGAAAGCUUUGGAUGCCGAUCUCAGGCAGCUGCUUUGAUUAAACUACCUGUACUACACAGGAAAGCGGCAAGAAGAAAAAAGAGGGUGAGGGGGUGCAGGGAGCGAGGCUACCAUCCACCCCCUCAACUACAACACUCUAAACAGAAGGCUAAGCGCAUGGAAAUUGCAGAUUUGCCGACAUUUUUCCAGCUCGCCGUGGAAACCUUCUGUUUGUGAAUCUCAGUUGUCAAAAGGGCACUUGAGGCCGCUGCCACCGGACCAGCCUGUUCACACUGACCCCUGAGGUCUUUUGCGAGCCAGUCGGUGUGAAGCUCUGAGGAGGGGGGAGGAGGCAAGUUAGUGGGAGGCUACCGUGGGGCUCUUCCAGAAGGAGUCGGAGCAGUCGCCGACUGAGAGAGGAGGAGGAGGAGGAGAUGGCCACCGGAGAUAUCACCACGCUUCCCUCCACGCCUGAAGACGGUAGUGGUGGCUUUCCGCCCGGAACCUUCAAGGAACCCAAAAGGCUAUACUGUAAGAAUGGGGGCUUCUUCUUGCGGAUCAAAUCAGAUGGGGGAGUGGACGGAAUCCGGGAGAAGAGCGAUCCCCACAUUACGCUUCAGCUGCAGGCCACAUCGGUCGGCGAGGUGGUCAUCAAGGGCGUUUGCGCCAACCGCUAUCUGGCCAUGAACAGAGAUGGACGACUGUUUGGAGCGAGACGAGCGACCGAGGAAUGUUAUUUUUUGGAGCGGCUGGAGAGCAACAACUACAACACGUACCGCUCCAGGAAGUACCCCGGCAUGUAUGUGGCGCUGAAGCGGACCGGCCAGUACAAAUCUGGAAGCAAAACUGGACCGGGUCAGAAAGCCAUCCUCUUCCUCCCGAUGUCCGCCAAGAGCUAAGAUGGGACAAAUUACAGUCAUUUUUAUGUCUUAGGGUGUGAUGGCAGCGAAGCUAUGUCGCCACUGUCCGAAAGAAGUCGCUGUGAUCAUUUUACAACUGUUACGUCUUAUUAUUACGACACACCUUGAUUCAUAUUUGUAUAUAUUUUUUUCCCCAAUAAUCCUAACGACGUGAAGGGAACUAGAUGGCUUGCUGAAGAGGAUUUGGGAUUAUACUUUACGUUAUAGGAUUUCCUUUCAGAUUAAGCUUUUCAACACAAGGUGUCCUGGAGAAAGACGUUGCCCAAAAAGAAAAAAAAGGAGUGGGUGGGGGUCGGGGGGAUUUCAAACACUUUAAAUGAAACCUCAAGCCUGUGUUUCACUUUCUGAUGCAUCUUUCCGAGGCGUCUUAUUGCAUUUGCAUUGGAGCAGAACGAAAACCAAUGUAAGACAAGUGACGUGAAGGAGGUUCAGUGUCGCCCGACGUCAAGCUGUUCAUUACAAUCGAAGACGAUGGAGAUGUUGUAGUUAGCUUUGGCAAGUCAGCCCGUUUGUAAUAAUGCAGGAUUCAAAGGUAAGGAAAUGAACUUGUGAGGCACAGAGGUAAAAUGUCUUGGUCCCAACUUGGCAAAUUUGACCGUACAGUCAAGAUCCAAGUUUCCAAGUUUCUUGGAGACAUGAACAUUGAUCGUCGGAGAUAGAGACUAUGCUGUUUUGGUUUUUUUUUUUUAAAUAAAUUUUUCGUGCAUCAAAACAAUUUGCAAUUUUAUUGGAAUCGUUUCCAAAUGUGGUGCCUUUGUAAUGAUACUUGAAAUGUUCAAGAAGGCUAGCCAGGUUUUUUUUUUUCGUUCAUCUUGAACAGAUGACAGCUAGCAAAAGUCUUUGCGGACUCUAAAAAAUAAUUUCUUUACAUUCAGGCACACGUUUCACUUUCUUUUUCAACUUGUAAUUGUAAUCCAGGUACCGGUAUUUGUCUUCCUGAGUAUGCAUAUUGAGGUUUUUGUUGGUUCAAAUUGAAAGGUUGAAAAGUGGUGGAAUCGGUUUCACAGACUUUAUUGCAUCUUGCAAUCAACUUGGAGAGCCCCCUGGAAUUUUGGCCUGUGUUAUUGGUAGAUAUUUGAACUGAAAAUUAUCAGCCAAGCAGAGAAGGCUUUCCCCAAAUAGUGGAGAAAGCGUAAGUGUCAAUGAGAUGCUGGGAAUUAAGGAAGUUAUCCUGUUUCACUCAAAUCUAAAAUAGUUUUUUGGACAGGCGACAUAGGACAUUUUUCCCCACCAAUAAAAACUCAAUUUCUGUGCAAGUCAUCAUCCGAUGAUCAAUAUUCUUGGUUUAGCGGACUCAGCAUUUCGACAGACUGUCAUUUUGUUGUUUUAAAACACAAACGCAGAGGAUAGUCAAAGAUAUUUGCCAAGUUGGGACGACAGUGGGAUUGCGCUUUUUGGUGGAAAGCUGAGGUCACGGCUUGUUGUCAAAUGCACUGUUCCCAGUCUGUUAUCUUCUCAAAAAUAAACCCCCCUGAAAAACAGUAUGUGUAGUAGGUAGUAGUGGUCCAGUCAUAAAUAGGUGCUCCCCAAGAACACUGGAGGUCCUUGCAUUGUUUGUUACCACUAAAAUGAAGGAAUCUGUCGAUGGUAGAGCUGGUAAAACAUCCCAGAGUAGACGGCGGGCAGCUCCUCCAUGGCGAGGUCGAUGCUCUUGAACCCGCGCUCCAGCCCGUGCAGCAGCAGCCUGGCCACCCGAGUUGUGAUGGGCGUGGUGUCGGCGGUACGCGCCAGCUCGGCAAGGCUCAACCACUCGCAGCGCUCGCACUCGCGUCUGCAGAAAUGGAUGUCGUAGCUGAGUGGGCUGAGGCGGCAGAUGACGUAUAUGUCGGACAUGCCGAAGGCGCCCGGGUGGUUGUGCUGCUGACGGAUGCUCAGUAGAGAUCGGAACUCGGACCGGAUGCCCGUUUCUUCCAAGACUUCGCGCACCGCUGUCACUCCUAGGAAAGAGUCGGUGUUGCGGAUUAACGUGAAGUACCAACAACGAUAGUAAAAGCUGCUUUUCUCUCUUUGUGUGACUUCAAAUUCACGUGCAGUGAAUCACGGAUUCUCAAAUUUUGGGGGUCUGAGAACCACUGAUGAUGGAAGGUGUGAACUCCAUUAAGAUGGCACUGUUUGUGUCCAAAUUGGUAGGCUGUAUCCUUCAUAGGCUGAAUUUGAAGGCAUCAUGGUGUAACUUCUAUGCACCUCAACCUCACGCGGGUGUCCAAAUUCAAGCGGCCUUCCAGUCUAGCCUUCAAAUCUGGCCUUUGUUCCCAUAGAGACGGGUCCCGAGUGAAAGCUGCUUCGAGGCAUCUCUUCUAUCAGCCGUCUCUUGCGGCGGUACAGAAGAGAGUCAAGUGAGAGGCAGGCACUCAGCCUGUCCAAAUUGGCGACGACGGUUUAUGCGGCCCAUGGUGGCGACAUGAGGAGGAGCCUUCGAAGGAUGCAGACUACCAAUUUAGACACAGUUUGUGUUUGUGCACUCACCAAUAUUCUCGCCGGGAUCCGACAACCCGCCGGGGAACUUCCAGGCGUUUUUCGUCUAACCAAAAAAAAAAAAAAAAGAAGUUUGCCAGAUGCAAUCGACGUAAUAUAUAUAUAUUUAGCAAUAACUAUUUCAUAGAUGAACUGCAUUUCAAGUGCACUGUUUUUGUCAUCACAGUGGAGGCGAAAUUUAAUUUUCAGCCUACCAUAAAAAAAUUGAGAUUAUUGUACUCAAUCAGCACAAAAAGAGAUCAAGGGAAGAACCCAACUGCUUCUCAAUGACCCGAACACAAGCUCACAACAUGUACAGGGAUUAGUAAAAGUACAUGUACUUUUCAAGCUAUCUGACAUUUCCAUUCUCCAUAUGGACAAGAACCAUAUUUGAAGGUUUGUUCAUUUGCAGACAUUUGACUGAAAAUGUACGUGAGGAUGCAGUUCCAUUAAAAUAUCACAACGGAAUCAUUUCCCCCCCUCUUGUUACACCUUGCAAGCCAAUAAUAUUUAGUCGCUUAAAAAGAGAAAAAAAACAUUCAAAAAUGUUGUUUUAGGUGCAGUAACAUGAUUUUGUGUCAUUGACUUGAGAAGGGUGAUGCAGUCAAAUGUGUGAUUUACAACAACAAAAAAAAAAGGUUCACCACUUAAUCCUUGAUAUUUAAUAAU